GAGCCGUUUACGUCAUUGAUAAAAAAAAACUUUUUAUGUGUUAAAUAUUGUAAUAUUCAUCCGAUUAUAUAACCAUUUCAUAAUAUGGCUGUUCAUGUUGUUGAUGAUUUUCAUAUCAAUUUUUACGAUGACAGACAAAAAUGGAGUAAAUAUCAAAAUCAUUAAACGUAUAACCUUGGCUCCUAAUAUUAUUUGACAUAAUUCUUAUCGAAAUAUUACGCCUUAUCAUUUGUAAGCCGCCAAUCAACAACGGAUCUUAAUAAACAACACAAUCAUCAUUCGAAAUUCAAAUCUAUUUCUGUCUCCGUCAUUACAACGACAUUACUGUAUUAAACGUAGCGUAGACCACUCCCGCGCAGAAUGUUUUAAAAUUGAGUGACCUUCAACGAAACAGAAAUCAUCAAGUGUGUUUUAAAUAUAAAAUUGUAAUUUGAAAGAAGAAAAAUGUUUCUAUUAAGUAAAGUGCAAGUGAGACAGUUGAUGAGAUGGAAGGAUCGGAUAUAUUAUCAUUCUGGAGCGGGGGUAUUCGGGCAUCGACCGCGGGAGUUGAAUGAAAUUGAAACACCACAAGAAUUGAUAAUAAAACGUUACGAGAACUGUCGCGCGCAGAGAGUGGUCGACGCGUAUCGGACUUACGGACACCUACGAGCUAACAUUGAUAACGUCGACUACAAAAAUGAAAACAGAUACAUCAAAGAGCUUGAUAUAACGAGAUACGGCCUAUCGAAUCAGGAUUCAGUGGACUUGGGUUUAUUGUACGGAUACAACGGCAAACAAUCUGCGAGCGACUUAGUCGAACAAUUACAGAAAAUUUACUGUGGACCCAUUUCCUACGAGUUCUCUUACUUAGAGACAGAAGCUGAACGAGAAUGGUUCGCACAACGGAUAGAAUCUGGCUCUGAUGUCGUGGACAAAGAACGCCAGAUUGAAAUACUUGAACAAAUGCUGCGAUCGCAAGCAUGGGAUAAGUUUCUAGCAACGAAGUAUCCGUCUGUUAAGAGAUACUGUGGGGAAGGAGCCGAGACAUUGUUCUCAUUCUUCUCAACAUUGUUUAAACGUACUACCUCAGAAAAUGUUAAGCAUAUAGUGCUGAUAAUGGCUCACAGGGCCAAGCUAAACACUUUAAGCGUCUUACUAAAAUAUCCACCAGUGCAGCUCUUCCAUAAAUUAAACGGUAACCCAGAAUUUCCUGAAGAGGCAAACGCUGCUUGUGAUGUACCUACCCAUUUAAGCGUAUCCAGCGACAUCACAAUUGAAGGGAAUUCUGUUCGAGUUUCUCUCAUAAACAAUCCGUCCCAUUUAGAGGCAGCAAAUCCAGUAUCAAUGGGUAAAACUAGAUCCAAACAAUUCAUGCUUAGAGAGGGCGACUAUUCGUCAGACGGAUCUUCGAGAUUUGGUGAUAAAGCUAUUAAUGUUCAGAUCCACGGUGAUGCCGCUUUCACUGGUCAAGGAGUGAACCAGGAAUCCUUGAUGUUGUCUCAAGUACCUCACUUCGAAAUCGGGGGUUCUUUGCACCUGAUAGUCAAUAAUCAGCUUGGAUUCACAUUGCCGGCAAAUCGAGGGCGUUCUAGCCGAUACGUUACUGAUUUGGCCAAAUCAAUAGCUGUUCCCGUCAUACAUGUGAACGGUGAUUACCCAGAACUGGUUGUAAAAGCAACAAAUAUAGCUUUCGAGUAUCAAAGACGAUUCCGUAAAGAUGUGUUUAUUGACUACAAUUGCUACCGUCGCUGGGGACAUAACGAGCUAGACGAACCAACCUUUACAAAUCCGUUGCUCUACAAAGUCAUACAUAACAAAAAAUCAAUUCCCGAUACAUACGCCGAGAAACUCAUCUCAAACGCAACUGUAACUGAAUCUGACGUGAAUAAUGUAAAGAUGGAAUAUACCAAAUUUUUACAAGAGCAGUACGAAGCAGCCAGCUCUUAUACGCCCGAGGUGCAAUAUUUCCAAGACCAAUGGUCAAAUCUUUCAUCAGCACCGAAAGCCGUUGAAGUUUGGAAUACAGGCGUCGACAAGGAACUCUUGAAACUUGUUGGUAGGGCGUCUGUCUCUACACCUGCAGAUUUUCAUAUCCACCCACAUCUGGCAAAGACGCAUGUCAAAAAUCGUCUUAAUAAAAUUGAAUUUGAAAAGGAUCUCGAUUGGGGAACAGCAGAAGCGAUGGCAUUUGGAUCACUCUUAAUGGAGGGUCGUCACGUACGUAUCAGCGGAGAGGACGUAGGUCGUGGUACCUUCUCUCACCGCCACGUAAUGCUCAUCGAUCAAGAAAAGGAAACGAUGCAUAUUCCUCUAAACCACAUACAUGAAGACCAAAAGGCAUUUUUGGAAGUGGCCAAUUCCAUAUUAUCCGAAGAAGCAGUAUUAGGUUUCGAAUACGGUAUGGCUUUCGACAACCCGGAGAACUUGUAUAUUUGGGAAGCGCAGUUUGGCGACUUUUACACUGGAGCACAGAUCAUAGUUGAUACUUUUGUAGCUUCAGGGGAAACAAAAUGGUUACGCAGCAAUGGCCUUGUAAUGCUGCUGCCACACGGCUAUGACGGCGCGGCGUCAGAGCACUCAUCGUGCAGACUCGAAAGGUUCUUACAGUUAAGCAACAGCUCAGAGACAAACCCCGAUUCUGAAGAUGUUUGUAUAAAUAUAGUGAAUCCGACCACGCCAUCUCAGUACUUCCAUUUAUUAAGAAGACAGGUGGUGCGCAAUUAUAGGAAACCGUUGGUUGUUGUCGCACCGAAAAUCCUACUGCGGUCGCCUGAAGCAACUUCACAUCUUUCGGAAUUUGCACCGGGAACCCACUUCAAACCAGUUAUCGGUGAUUCGAUAGCGAAUCCGUUGAACGUAAAACGCGUCAUACUCGUAUGCGGGAAGCACUAUUACGAGCUCAACAAGGAAAGAGUCAAAGCUAAGAUUGACGACGUAGCCAUUAUAAGGGUUGAAUCACUUUCGCCUUUUCCUCUACAAGCGCUACAGAAUGAACUUGCGAAAUACAGCAAUGCUAGAAAAUUUAUAUGGAGUCAAGAGGAACACAGAAAUAUGGGAGCCUGGAACUUCGUUAAGCCACGUUUUGAGAAUCUUAUUGGAAAAAAGUUGAUCUACUCUGGACGAAGCGAAGCCGCUACUACCGCAGUCGGUGCAGCCAAAUUGCAUCGAGUUGAAGUUGAACACAUAUUACGAGAACCAUUAUACAAUAUUAAAUAACUUAUAAACGUACUACUAAUGCUUAUAUAAUGAUUUAUAUAUUUUUUAACAAUUUAUGCUCCUUGUAUUUAUAUGAACGAUCUCUCGGCGGAAACUUUGCAUUUAUUUAAGGCAUUUUUCUAUUUAAAUGUAUAAUACUUUUUUUGUUCUUUAAAAAUGUAAAUAAAAUUUUGUUAUGUU